AUGCCUGGCGAUCGAAGCCUAGUGCAAAGGUCUAGCAAUCAAAAUAAAUCUUUAUUGUCACAAAUCGAAGAAGGCACGAAUUCUGAAUCUCUGCCACAACAAUCCGAUCUAGAACGUUACUGGGAUAUUGUCAGGUCUAAUCCUGAUGAUUUCACAUCAUGGGAAUAUUUGAUUCGCGUUGCUGAAACUGCGGAAGGCGGCCUCACAGCACAAUCACCUCCAGAAAAUAUAACAAAUAUGCGUGACGUUUUUGAUCAAUUCUUAGCAAAAUUCCCUUUAUGUUUUGGUUAUUGGAAGAAAUACGCUGAUUUCGAAUUUAGCGUUCAGGGGCCAACAGAGGCUGAAAAAAUCUAUGAACGUGGUGUAGCUGCCAUAGCGAAUUCUGUUGAUCUUUGGACGCAAUAUUGCGCAUUUAAAAUUGAACACUAUCCGGACGAUGUGGAGGCCAUUCGAGGAUUACAGUCCGAACAGAAUGGCAGUAAAGACGAAGUGAUUGUACUUUGUUGUUUUCUGACUGUACCAGGUGAUGAUGAUUCAGAGGCUGAACUCAUCACACCAGAACAAUAUCGACAAUUUGAGGAGGAAGCGCGAACUGCUCCUCCCGUUCCACCUGAAGGGACGGAGGGUGAGCAACCCCCUCCUCCUACAGAAAAAACAGAAGAACAGAUUCAAAAUGAUAUAAGAACACGGAUUUACAAUAUGAAUAUUGAGACAUAUAUGAAGACGCAAAAUGAAACCAAUAAACGUUGGGUUUUUGAGCAGGAGAUUAAGAGACCUUACUUUCAUGUAAAAGCUAUGGAUGAUGUUCAGUUAAUUAAUUGGAGAAGAUACCUUGACUUUGAGGAAAGUGAGGGAGAUGAUACUCGCAUUCAAGUGUUAUAUGAGAGAUGUCUCGUAGCUUGUGCUUUAUAUGAAGAAUUUUGGCAAAGAUAUGCUCUGCCGGGCCAUGUUGAGGCAAUAAUGAAAUACGCACAUUUUGAAAGACGUCGACAUCUUGAUGAUUUGUCGGUUCCCAUUAACAUUCUAACAUCUUCGCUCCAGGGAAAUAAUAUCGAUGAAAAAUCUAAAGCUUUCAUUAUAGUACAACAUGCUAAUAUGCUAUGGCGUGUAAUAGAAGCUAACUUGAAAGCAGUUUAUGAUCUGAUUCGUAAUACAUCUACGCUUUUACCGGAAACGAUAAGGGAUUUUUCACAUCGAUAUCUUGAUUUUCUUAUGGAACGUGGUUCAACUAUAGCUGUAUACAAUAAGAUCGAUGUUGAAGCUAAUGGCCCCAUCACUGUACGUCCGGUUUUGGACACUAAAAAACGUGGUGCUGAUGAAGAGCCAGAAAAACUUUCAAAGCAGGUCAGAAUAGAUGGCGUUGUUGAUGCUGCUGCAGGAACACCUGUAAUUCCAGUGGCUCCGUAUACUACGACUGCCGGUGUGCAGCCACCGUAUUAUUCUCAAGGCCAAUGGAGUGCAUCAGGAUAUUCUGUUUACCCCACCGCUAAUGCUGCUCAGCCGUACCCUUAUCAGUAUCCUCAACAAACUGCAACUACGCCUACUACUCCCGCACAGGCCCCUGUGACCACAUGGGACUACGCACAGCCAA